AAGUCGGGAGGGUCGGUGGUCCGAAGACGCUGGCUUGUGACAGGGCGGGGUAGAAGGAAGGCCUACAUAAAGGUUGCCUCUCCAUCCCUUCGCUCCUGGGGACCCUCGGAAAAAACCCAACACCCCGGCCCCGCGGCUAGCCCCUUCCCCCAGGCUCUCUCCGCUCGAUUUCGCCACCGUUAUGUGGGAAGCGAAUCCGCAGCCAGUCAACUUUAAAACAUGAAGGAAAAAUCCAGAAAAUAAUCAUAAAGCAUACCUUGGAGAAGUUUCCAAACAUGAAUAAAAAAUAACAAGCCCCCUUCAUUGAGCUCAGGAGAUGUUUCACAAAGCGGAAGAAUUCUUACCCAAGAGGACAGAUAGUGAAAUGGAUGAGAUGGACACAUCGGACACCCAAUGGGGCUGGUUUUACCUGGCGGAGUGCGGGAAGUGGCACAUGUUUCAGCCGGAUACCAACAUUCAGUGUUCAGUUAGCAGUGAAGAUAUCGAAAAAAGCUUCAAAACAAACCCUUGUGGCUCCAUUUCUUUUACUACUUCCAAAUUCAGCUACAAGAUAGACUUUGCAGAAAUGAAGCAAAUGAAUCUCAUCACUGGAAAACAGCGCUUAAUAAAAAGAGCCCCCUUUUCUAUCAGUGCUUUCAGUUACAUCUGUGAAAAUGAGGCCAUCCCCAUGCCCCCACACUGGGAGAAUGUGAACACCGACGUGCCCUAUCAGCUGGUUCCUUUGCACAGUCAAACACACGAGUAUAACGAAGUUGCCAGUCUCUUUGGGAAAACAAUGGACCGCGGCAGAAUUAAAAGAAUUCAGAGAAUUCAAAACCUGGACUUGUGGGAGUUCUUUUGCAGGAAAAAGGCUCAGCUCAAGAAAAAAAGAGGCGUGCCUCAGAUUAAUGAACAAAUGCUCUUUCAUGGUACCAGCAGUGAAUUUGUGGAAGCAAUUUGCAUUCAUAACUUUGACUGGAGAAUAAAUGGUAUACAUGGUGCUCUCUUUGGGAAAGGAACCUAUUUUGCUAGAGAUGCUAUUUACUCCAGUCGCUUCUGCAAAGACGACAUAAAACAUGGAAACACAUUCCAAAUUCAUGGCGUCAGCUUGCAACAGCGGCAUCUGUUUAGAACGUAUAAAUCUAUGUUUCUCGCUCGAGUGCUAAUUGGAGAUUACAUAAACGGAGACUCCAAAUACAUGCGACCUCCUUCCAAAGACGGGAGCUAUGUGAAUUUAUAUGACAGCUGUGUGGAUGAUACCUGGGACCCAAAGAUCUUUGUGGUGUUUGAUGCCAACCAGAUCUAUCCUGAGUACUUAAUAGACUUUUAUUGAUUUCAUUUCCAAAUCUCAGUGGUCAAGGAAGUUCUGUGCUUUUUUUGCAGGAAGAUUUGCUCUUCUGUCAUCUAGCCACUAAAUGUUCACUAUCUGAUACUUUUGAAACAGAUAUGAAAAAAAAGUGGCCUCCAUAUAAAAAGACAUACUGACUUUAAGGUUGGUUUUUUGUUGUUUUGUUUUUGUCCGUUGCUCGUAGUCUUGUUUGUUAAAGAUUGAUACGAUACCAUUGCCAUUUUAACACAGAGGCAAAAGGUAGCACUCAAAACUGAAUCAGCUAAGUCUCAAUUAACAUGAUCAUUCAGUCUGUAAAGUUUACGUGUGUGUUAUAUUUAUUCAUAUAUAUAUGUCCAAAAAAUAAAAAAACAGACAUAACUGUGUCCCUUCAGAGGAAUUGAUCCUUUGUAAAUUGAAUCCUGACAUUAUUAUCCACCAAUCAAUACGUUGCCUUGUUGGUCUUCCAAAGUGGGGAUUUAAAACCUCGAAGCAGGCUGAGUACCGUGGGAGAAAUCAGAAAUAAAAAUGUUACUUACAGAGCUGCCAGACCAGCCAAAGGAGAGAGUCAAGGUAGAGUGUCCUGCUUCUGAUUGCUCAGGGGAGCAGGCUGCCGUCUCAGACCGCUCAUGUCAUUCUCUUAUCUCCUACGUCAGAAUUGACACGGGCUGCAGGCUGUAGUUAGCCUGCAGUUCACCCACCAGGGCUCUUGAAUUCUUGUACCAUGACUUGCACACACUGUUUCUUGCCUCUUUAGAGUGAAACAUUUAUUUCUUUUCCAAAACAUGUAUUUUUCCCUUUGCUUUGGGGUCCCUACAAUAAUUACUUGUAAGAUUUCUUAUCUGCUCCCUAUCACACACAGCUAUUCAACAGCAGUUCAUAAUAUUCACAUUUUUAAGUUGGAUCUCCCCAUUUUGAAUCACUGCAGAAGGCAUGGGGUGCUUGGAACAAAUCUGGUUUAGUCUUCUGAGUAGUAAAUCAACAAUCUGAUAACACUUGAAAAGUUAGAUCUAGUUCAUAAUCACGUGUAAUGGAAGUUUGUUUACCCGUUCCAUCUCUUUUGCUAUUAUUCUAUUCUAAGGAAGAGUAAGUAAUGUUGGAACAGCUUCCUGCCCCUAGAGGUAUUCUGGCAGAGGCUAGACAACAACUUGGCAGAAAUGUCAUACAAGAGUUCAGGUGUCAGAUGGAGGAAUUAGCCAUAUGAUGGUUGAGUGUUUCUCCACCUUGAUUUUCCAUGAUUCUACCUGAAAAAAAAACAAAAAAACACCUGUGUCAAGCCUUGCCAGAAAACCUUUUCCUAACUCAAUCUAAUACUGAAUUGUCUCUCCAUUAUCCUCAUUCAGUUUUGACUGAGAAGUUGUGAACAUAAUUUAACUUUUCAGGGAAAAGCCAGUAAAUGUCCAUGCCCGUGUUGUUCAUUUCAAUCAUUUGCACUGGGAAAGCAUCUAGAAAUCAUAAAAAUGAAGAGUAUGGACCAAGAUUAGGCAUGGUAAUUCUUCAACUGCCAUCUAUCUCCAGAUUUUUAUUGUAGUCCAGAAUACAUGUAACUGUACAGUUGCAAGUAAGUAGUACACAGGAAACUGUUAUGUACAAUACUUUGAAACCAAGCAGCAACAAAGGUUUCCUGACUCAGAUGUGCACACUAACAUCCGUUUACAUGAAAUGCUGUGAAUAUUUAGGAAGAGCCCAUUUUAGAAACCUACAGAGAUUAUCAUGGAAAUAAUUGGAAGAAAAGUCACCAGGCUACCUUGUGAGAGGUAGCAAACUAUUGCUCUAGUUUCAUUCACAAAAGAACAAUAUUAGAGACAUUUGGAAUUCAGAUUUUGAAAAUCUUUUUAUUCUAUUUGUUAUUUACACACCAAAAAAAUGUUACAGUAAUCCCCACUUCAACAUGGCUGUCCUUUUUUUUCAAUUUAACACAAUUGCCCUUCCCAUCACUGGAAUAGAGUAACUGUUGUAGCAUUUGGGAGUUAUUCUUGUAGAUGUGCAGAUCUUAUCUAGACCAAGAGCCCAGAGUUGAGGUUUGCAAGGCAGUCGGUAUGAACUCUGAACUUAACUAGUUGGCUCAGAUGUAGUAAAUAGAGUGCAUUGCAAUAGACAUUGUAAGAAAGAAUUCUGUUCUUGUCUGACAAUGUACUGCCAAUUCUCCUUUUAUAAGGAAGAACUAAUUUUGAUAAAUUUUUCAAUGUGAUAGUGUAGCAUUAAUUGAUAUUAAAAUUCUGUUCGUUUUGGUCAAUAGAGUGGGUUGAGAAAUCCUAAUUAAUAUAUAAUAGACUAGACGCAACCAUCUGCCCCCUUUUCCUCUUGUCCACACAUAGUACGCGUGAGGAGAGUUAAGAGAACGUAUUCCAGAUUAAUGAGUGAAUGAUUUUUAAAAUUCUACAUUGAACAAAUUCUAGCUGGUAGUGACUUUUGUUUUCACUUUGAUGUCAGCCUCAGGGUAAAAAAAAUGUGUUUAUAAGAAACAGUUUCAUAAAUCUUGUGGUUAUGAACAGGAAGGUUUUUAUAUUAGUGCAACUUUCAUUUCUAGACUGUUUAUGGUGAUGAUAAAGCAUUUGGAGCCAUUUUUGAUAUGUGAAUAUAUUGUUUUUUACAUGUGGUGAUUAAAGCUUUCCAUAGCGGGGCUUGGUUGUCUGUGUAUGCCAUAUAUUUGUUUCUGUGAUUUCUGCGUCUCAUCUCCACGUUGCAUUACUUAAGCCUACAUUUGCAGCUCAAACUUAAUGGGCCCUCGAGAAGUCUGUUGCCUCUAACUCUUAUAUAACCUACUUACAGAUGGGGGGAAGUCACUCGUUCUUGGUUUAAGUCUUCGUGAGCAACAGCUAAUCAAAUGAUCUGUGGGAAAAUCAUUUACUCUGCUUUUGAAACUUCCAAAACAGUUCAAGGCCAAGCGCCUACAGACAGUGUCCUUUAUUCUUGGUGCUCCCCCAGCUCAGAGGAGCAAUUCUGGGGGGUAUAUCUACAUGCACCUGAGGAGCAUGCUUCCCACAGUUCAUCCAGCCUCCAGCCACUCCUAGUACGUCCACAGUAAGUUUUUGAAGCAAAUCAGACAUUUCGUUUGAUCUUUAAGCUUUUGUUGCCAAAAACGGGAGCUAUCCGAAGAUGUCUUAA